UUUUGUCAAAAAUAAAUUACCCAUUUCUUAUUUUCUUUCAUUUCUCUGUAUAUUAAUAAGAAACUAGCAGCAAAUAAGAGCUUCAAUUUUCAUACAGUUUAUUCAAUGGGAAGAAAUCUGAACCCUGUGCUUAGACGAGAAUUACAAAAUCUUGACAAAGAUACUGAUAGUAGAAAACUAGCCAUGAAAGCAUUGAAAUCCUAUGUGAAAGAUUUGGAUCCUAAAGCAAUCCCACUCUUUCUUACCCAAGUUUCCGAGACCAAAGAAACUGGGUUAACAUCUGGCGAGUACACAAUCUCACUUUAUGAGGUUCUUGCUCGUGUCCAUGGCACUAAGAUUGUACCCCAAAUUGAAAAUAUCAUGUCCACCAUAAUCAAAACUUUAACCUCUAGUGUAGUCUCUUUUGCACUUCACCAAGCUUGCUCAAAGGUGGUCCCUGCCAUUGCUAGAUACGGGAUGGACCCUACCACCCCCGAAGAUAAGAAAAGGCGAAUUAUACACUCUCUUUGUAAGCCCCUUUCUGAUUCUCUUUUAUCUAGCCAAGAAAAUUUAUCAUCUGGUGCUGCGCUAUGCUUAAAGGCUCUUGUGGACUCGGAUAAUUGGCGGUUUGCCUCCAGUCAAAUGGUCAAUGAGGUGUGUCAAAGAGUUUCUGGGGCUUUGGAGAGACCUAUGAUGACAAAUUCACACAUGGGGUUAGUUUUUUCGUUAGCAAAACAUAAUGGCGUAAUUGUUGAAGCAUAUGCAAGGUUGUUAAUUCGGUCUGGUAUCAAAAUCUUGCAUAUUGGUGCUUCUGAGGGGAAUUCUCAAAAACGGUUGGUGGCGAUUCAAAUGAUAAGUUAUCUUAUGAGGUGUUUGGAUUAUAAAUGUUUAAUAUCUGAACUUAGCUUUGUAAUUGAAGAAAUGAAGAAGUGUGACGAAGAUCAAAUGGCGUAUGUUAAAGGAGCAGCUUUUGAGGCAACACAAACUGCCAAGAGAAUCUUGAUAGAGAAAGGGUCAAAAUAUGAGAGAAAGAAUGGUAAAAGGGACGAUGGAGAUCAAUCUCCUCUCAGUGUGUCAGCUGAAUCACAAUCUAUGGGUUCAUUUGGUGGGUAUACGCCUAUGACCAGUUCACCUUUUUCAGUUAGUUGUGUAACUCAAGAAGUUGAUUCUGGUAGAAGUGUAAACCGAAAGCUCUGGAGGUAUGAAAAUGGCAGGAUGGAUGUUUCUUUGAAAGACGGGCUAUUUUCAGGCGGGACUCGUACUCCUAGAAGUGUCAUUGAAAACUCUGAGCAUAACGGGUUUUCUGAGGAUCAAGGCGAUUAUGCAGACAGAUUUUUUUCAGGAUUUUUGCAGAAUAGUCAAGGUGGAGCAAAUGAUGGUUCGAGGAGUGCUACUCCUAGUCCCCAGAAAUCCCGGUCUUACAUUAAUCUUGACAAUGUUAAGAUUUUCACUACUCCAAGAAAGCUUGUCAAAUCUUUUCAAGGUUCAAAUGAGGUACACUCUGACUCUUCAGAUAAACAAAACCAAAUGGUUAAAAGCCCACAAAGCCAAAGAUCCAGAAGCCCUUUGGUGAGCAAGUUUGAUCUGAACCAAACUUCAAAAUAUGAUCAGAAUGACCUCUCUGGUGAUCUCAAUGAUCGUUUCACUCGUGAAGAUGAACAAUAUAAUGAAACUUCAGAAUCAGUUUCUUCAAGUGAAAACCAAGAGCUUAUUUUUGAAUCUAAAGCAACAUGCAGGGUUCCUGCUCUGAGAAUUCUUUCUGCUCUCAUUGUUUUGUUUGCAAUCGUUGGUUGCCUCUUAUAUGCAGGAAAUGUAGAUGAAGGUCGCUAUCUAGUCCCUACUUGAUUUUGGUCUUAUGUUGUAUUGUAGUUGAAAAUGAAUUCUGAUUUUAACAAUGUCUUGUUAGAAGAGACAUGAAUUUGAACAAUUGUAGUUUAUUUGUAUGUUUAAUAAGAUUAUGUAUCUUGCUGUCAA